AUGCGUUCGCUCUUUCAGACCAGCCUUCUCGUCGCCGCCGUCCUGGCUGAGCGGCCGUUCCUCGAGGAGCCAGACACAGGUCUUGAGACCUACCUCUACAGCACCAACUACACAGAUGGCGAGCUUCCUCUGCUCAAGGACAUGCGAGGCAUUCCAGACUUUGACUGGGCCGCUCAACACUAUCUUGACAACCAGAAGUACUCGUUCUACCGCACCGGAAACGGAGGUGAAUGGUCCUACCGUAACAACCUGGAGAUCUGGAGCCAGGUCAAGUUUAGACCUCGCCAGCUGAACGACGUGUCCAAGCUCAAGGAGACACUGCCCACCAGCUUCCUAGGCUACAACUUCUCGGCCCCCUUCUUCAUCUCACCGGCAGCCCGAGCGGGAUAUUCCGACCCCGAGCGCGCUGAGCUCAACUUCGUCGAUGCAAGUGCCGCCGAGGAGACCCUCUACGUCGCCGCCCUUUACGCCACCAAGACCAUCGAGGAGAUCCAGGCUCAGAAGCACAACGGAACAUUAAACGGCCAGCAGGUCGUCUUCCAGCAGAUCUACUCCAAUGUCAACCUGAGUGUCACAUGGGACGCCAUGGCCCGCGCCGAAGCCGCCGGCGUCAAGGCCUUCGUCUGGACCAUCGAUGCCCCCGGCGACUCGACCCGCCACCGAGCCGCCCGCUACGACACCACCAACGCCAACAGCGUGACAUCGGCACUGACGUGGGACCUCUACGACGAGAUUCGCAACCACACCUCGCUGCCCGUUAUACCUAAGGGAAUUACCACAGUCGAGGAUGCACUCUUGGCUAUUGAGAAAGGAGCACCCGCGAUUUGGAUCAGCAACCACGGUGGCCGCCAGCUCGACCACAGCCCCUCGUCGCUCGAGAUAGCCUACGAGAUCCACCGCAACGCGCCGCAGGUGUUCACCACGGUGGAGGUUAUGGCCGAUUCGGGCAUCCGAUAUGGCACUGACGUCCUGAAGCUGCUCGCCCUGGGUGUCAAGAUGGUCGGCAUGGGCCGGCCGUUCAUGUUUGCAAACAUUUUUGGUGUCGACGGAGUGAGGAAGGCCAUCCAGAUCCUCAAGAAUGAGACUAUCCACGACGGUGCCCAAGCUGGUGUGACUGAUCUGCGCAACGUGAGCAGCAAGCUAAUCAACGCUCGUGCUCUUGAGCACAACGUGUUCCUGUUAGACGAGUAG